UCAAUUAAUCAUGAUUGCUUUCUAAGAACAUACCUACUAAUUUUGUUUAGUGUUCCGAGUGAAAUACGCUCACAUAAAGUGCAGCAUGCGCUUGACAAAAAUGGCUAAAGCUGCUGACACUUUGCAAUUUUCUCUGGUAUUGCUUGGAUUGUUAUUGAUUGUCUUCAAAACCUGCAAUGCAUAUUGCCAUCUUAAUGUUACACUCCUCAAAUCAAGGGAUAGUCCUAUGGUGAUACAAAAGGAAAAUGGACAUUUAAAAGCAGUCAUGCCAAGUUUUAUACAGGACAAUUAUGUUUUCAUUAAUCUCACUGGUCAGGAUAUUAAUUUGGCUUGUCCCGGAAAAGAAAAUAGAUUUGAUUUUAUCAAAAAUAAUCCGGCAAACUUUAAAUGUGGCACUGCUGAAAACAGAACUGUGUUUUAUAUAGAUGGACAAGAUUUUGAUCAUUCAUUAGUGACAUGUUUUGAUUAUUUAAUUGCUUAUGAAAAUGAAUUGAACCAAACUUGCCAUGAUGGCAAGGGCGAAUUAUUUGAAAUUGGGUUCCAGAUUGACUCUCAACAGUUUUACCGAAUGUACACAAUUUGUUACAACAUCGAGUCUGGAUUUUCUUACUACGCUAAACACAGUAUUGAAGGUUUUCCAGACUACCCCUCACAUCAUCAUCAUCUCCUUAAACAAUUUUCAGUCAUGAAUCCAAGAAUGGCGAAGAAAUUGAUUCAUGUCCUAACUUUUAUGCGUAGGAAGAGACAGUAUGACAGAUUAUCCAAUAUACUAGGGCUAAAAAUUUCAGAAAAAUAUUUCAGAGGGCAGAAUCAUUUUUUCACCGGUGUGACCCUUGUGCCACACGCAGAUUUCCUAGUUACAAGCCAUCAAACUGCCACCCACAUAAAGGCCAAUCUUUUAUUCCUCUGGAAGCCAAGAGAAGUGUUAUGGAGAACUCUUGAGUAUAAUAUAAGAUUAUUAGCAAGAAACAAGACAAUCAACAUAAUUACGGGCGUACUCGAUCGAGCUAAAAUUAAUAACAAUACUUUGUACAUGGGACCUCAGAAUUCUCUGCCUAUCCACAGCUACCUAUGGAAAUUUGUGGCUGACCCUAAGACAAAUAAAUGCAUACUCUUCUUGAUGGAAAACUUCGUGAUAGAUGACAAUGUCAAACACAAGUGCAAUUUGCCUUGUACGCAAAAUGGUUGGCUAAAACAUUACAAGUGGAAAAAAUCGGAUUAUAGGGUUUUCUUUUGUUGUGAUAUUUCUGAAAUGAAAGAAACAAUAUCAGAUAUUCCUUCUAAUAGCAAAUGCACAUCUAUAUUAACAUUGGAAUAACAUUUAUUAUUUUAAAUAUAAUAAUAGUAUAUUGUGUAGAUUGUAUUAGGUUAUUAUAAUAAUUUUUAUAGUCUUAUAUUGUUUGUGUUUAACAUGAUCCUUGAAAUACUUUCCUCAUUUAGU